AUGCUGAGUGAUCCCAGCUCCUCAGUGUGGAGGUCAGGUGCAGAGCGGCACAUAAAGGAGGGCUUGUAUGUGGGAGCCUCGAUCCGAGUGGGAAAGCUGGGGGCCUGCUCCCUGGUCAGCUGCAUCACCAAGGUGGUGCAAGAGGAGCCAAAACAAUCUGUUUUAUACCCAUGGCGACGGGCAGCAGGUGGCACAAGUAGUGCAGGCCACAACAGAGUGAAAAGAGAUUGGAUCAUCCCACCGAUCCGAGUUUCCGAAAACAGCAAGCAUGUCCCGGAAUAUCUGGUCCAGAUUAAAUCAGAUAAGGUUUUCACUAGUGAGGUCAUCUACAAGUUGGAAGGACCAGGGGUGGACCAGGAGCCGAAAGACUUCUUUGAAAUAGAGGACCGUACAGGAUGGAUCAAGAGUAAGAUGCCCCUCGACAGAGAAAAAUACAGCAGUUUCAAGCUCAAGGCCUUUGCCCUAUCACCGAGUGGAGAGCGACUGGAGAACCCGUCCACCAUUGAGAUUGUGGUAUUGGAUCAGAAUGACAACAGGCCAGACUUUACACAGAAUGAAUUUGUCGGCUUUGUCCCAGAAUUCUCUAUACCAGGUACUGCUGUCACCAAUGUCUCAGCAACCGAUGCUGAUGAUCCGGCUACAGAAAACGCAGCCCUGAGCUAUUCCAUCAUCAGGCAGGAGAGCAUUCCGCCUUUCAGCAUCAACAAGACCAUGUUUGGCAUCAACAAUGAGACGGGAAUGAUCUAUACCCGAGACGUGGGGCUAGAUCGGGAGGUGGUGAAGGCCUUCAGACUGACACUGCAAGUGGCGGACAUGUCAGGGGAAGGACUAUCAGAUGUUGCCUCUGCUGUCAUACAUGUCUCUGAUAUCAAUAACCACAUGCCCCGAUUCACCAAAGACUAUUACACUAUGAGAGCUGUAGAAAACAGAGUGGAGGACACUGGCAGAAUCAGUGUAACAGACAAGGAUGAGCCAGGCACAGCAAAUUGGAAAGUCAAGUAUACUAUCGCCAAAGGGGACCCGAGUGGACACUUUGCAAUCCGAACAGACCCAAGUACAAACGAGGGUGUUAUAUCAGUGGUGACGGCACUAGACUAUGAGUCUCAGAAGGAGCACCAUCUGAUCCUGACUGUAGAAAAUGAGGCUCCACUCAGUUCCAAGGCACCUCAUGACUCUGCCAGCAGUGCCACGGUAACCAUCAUGGUUACCAAUGAAAACGAGGCCCCAAAGUUCAGAUCUGACCCGAUAUCAUUGGAGGUUCCGGAGUCAAUCGUGCCAGGCACCGUUUUAGUCCAAGACAUUGCCUAUGACCCAGACAACUCAGACCUCAGUUAUGAAAUUGAGUAUGAUCCUGAAAAGUGGCUCUCAAUUAACCCUGAAACUGGAGUACUGAUAACCAGACAGGCAUUCAACCUGCGGUCGCUCAAUGUUAAAAAUAAUAUAUACUAUGCUGUGAUUAAAGUCACAGACAAAGACAACGGCGGUGUUUCCAAUACAGCUACAGUAGAGAUCACUCUGCUGGAAACCAAUGACUUCCCGCCACAGCUCUUCCCCCUGAGUGGAACUGUGUGCCUUGACUUGGCCAAUCCUGGUCUGGUUCUGAGUGCCAGAGACCAAGACCAGAGCCCGCAAGCCGAGCCCUUCACCUUUGAACUGUCACCUGACUCAGAUGCAUCCCUCAACUGGACCAUCUCCCAGGUCAAUGGGACACAUGCUCUUUUGCAGCCUCUGACAGAUAUGAACUCUGGCCUGUACUUCCUCUCAGUCUUAGUGUCUGAUGCAGGCACACCCACUCUGUCCAACUUUCACAUUGUUAAUGUGACUGUUUGCCACUGUGACAUGGCUGGGGAAUGUAAGGCUAUAGCUGCAGCAUUUCUCAGCACCAGGGUGGGGCUCAGUUUCACUGCCCUCCUAAUCAUCAUUGGAAGCAUUUUACUCUUGCUUUUACUUCUGCUGUUGGUGGUUGCAAUAGGGAACUGCAGACGACCUCAUAUUGCAAAAGGAGGGCUUUUAGGAGGGGUGUCAGACGAUGACAUUCGUGACAACAUCCUGAACUACGAUGAACAGGGUGGAGGAGAGGAAGAUGAGAAUGCAUACAACAUUGAACAGCUGAGGAACCCCAAUGAGGUGGUCCCGCCUCCAAUAUCCGCCCUCCCCAGAGGAAAACAGCCACUCAGAAAAGAUGCUCCCCACAAUCUCCCAUCCCCCUCCUACCCACGGAAACCUCCAGGGGACCCCACUGACAUUGAGGACUUCAUAAAUGACGGCCUGGAUGCUGCAGACAAUGACCCCAACGUGCCGCCCUACGACACAGCACUUAUCUAUGAUUACGAAGGUGAUGGGUCGCUGGCAGGCAGCCUGAGCUCCAUUGCCUCUGGCAGUUCUGAUGGAGAUCAAGACUAUGACUACCUAAAUGAAUGGGGACCACGUUUCAAGAAACUUGCUGACAUGUACGACCCGCGCUAGGGAGACCUGGCAACAAGCACACUCCCACACAAAAGUGUAACCU